ACAAGAGAGAUGUUUCUCUCGCUGUAGCAGCCAUCAUUUUACUCAACACAAAUCCACCCUAAAUAAAGAAAGAAGCGCGGAGAUAAAACCGAAAAGUCAUGGACUAGCAGAGGAAUUAUCUAGGAGUGGUUAUUUUAUAUACUUUUUGCUUUUUUGAUUUUAUUUACCAUCUUUCAAAUUGUACAGUUGCGUUCAGUGGGCUACGUUUAGGUUCGGCAAAAGUAAAAUAAGACGAGGUGGGCUUGACCAACACGUGUUGACCUAGUCUCCUAGCAACAACUGGCACCGCGAGGACGGGGGCAGCCACCUGAUUGGUUGAGAAGGCUGCUGUGGGGGAGGGUCCACAGCGUUGGGAACUUUUUUUUUUCCCCCAUUUUUUUUUUUUUUUUUUUUUUUUUUUAUUGCGGUGGGGGAAAGGUUGCUCGGAGACCCACCCGGAGCAUGGGGCAGAAGGUUCCCGGAGGAAUCAAGACUGUGGACAUGCGGGACCCGGCGUUUCGCCCCCUGAAACUGGAGCUGCAGGCCCUGGACUGCACCAAGCCCGCCCGGCUGGACAUGCUGCUGGACAUGCCCCCUGCCACGGCUGAGGCCCAGGUGCAGCACUCCUGGAACAACGACGACCGCUCGCUCAACAUCUUCGUGAAGGAGGACAACAAGCUGGUCUUCCACCGGCACCCGGUGGCCCAGAGCACGGACGGGAUCCGGGGCCGCGUGGGCUACACCCGGGGCCUCCACGUGUGGGAGAUCAGCUGGGCCAUGCGCCAACGCGGGACGCACGCCGUCGUGGGCGUUGCCACGGGCGACGCGCCCCUCCAUUCUGUAGGCUACACCGCGCUCGUGGGCAACACCCACGAGUCCUGGGGCUGGGACCUGGGCCGGAACAAACUCUACCACGACGGGAAGAACCAGCCCUGUAAAACCUACCCCGCGUUCCUGGAGCCCGACGAGACCUUUAUUGUACCCGACUCUUUCCUAGUAGUUCUGGACAUGGACGAGGGCACCCUCAGUUUCAUUGUGGACGGACAGUAUUUGGGAGUUGCUUUCAGAGGACUUAAGGGCAGGAAACUCUAUCCCGUAGUCAGUGCGGUGUGGGGACACUGUGAAAUCCGAAUCCGCUACGUCAACGGACUCGACCCGGAGCCCCUGCCUCUGAUGGACCUCUGCCGCCGCUCGGUCCGAAUGGCGCUGGGGAGGGAACGCUUGAGCGAGAUUCACGGACUUCCCCUGCCCGCCUCCCUCAAGAACUACCUGCUCUACCAAUGACGACGGGAGCAGGUCUUCGCAGUGGCAGUCUGGGACAUACCCCCCCCCCCCCCCCCACCCCCCUGUGUCUGCCAUCCUGGCCCUGGCGUCAGCAGAUACGGUCCCCCUCACACACACACACACACACACACACACACACACUUUUUAUUCCUCACCAGCCCAACCCGUCACUCCAAUGAAUCUUCUGUUUUAAAUGCGGGAACAUGUAAAUUCUUAGCAUUGUCAAUUUAUUUCAGAAAAGAAUUGCAACUUCCUGUCCCAGACCCCUUGCCCUGCCUUGCUUUUAGCUGUACUGGAAAUGUUUCUUGGGGCACGAGGACUGUUUUUGCGUUGACGCACACCCUGCGGGUUUAAACAAGCCAUCCAGGGUAUGAUGUAUGGAUGUUGUUAAGGAGUUAUGAGUUGAAUGCAGCCAUGGAUGUUUAUUGAACAGCCUCCUCUAAACGAAUACUUGAUUGUCUCACCUCUUGGCCCUGCACACACCUUUUGAUCGAACGGUUAAUGACUUUUACAGAUCUAGUUCAUAUGCUCCCCCCCUUCCUCAUCCCAAAGUCUGACCAUUUUGCUGGUAUUGAUGACUUUGACUUUUCUGUCAGUCAAUGAAGAUUGAUAAUGUAUGACCAGUUGGACCAUUAAAAUAUUCCUUUUUAUGAAUGCUGUUAGUGUCCUGGCCUGAAACCUACACUGUCAUGUCAUGAUCAUUCAGAAUGAAUUUUAUAAUAAAAAUAUAAAAAUAAAAAACUAUGUUAUGCAUCUUGGAAAGAAAGAAAAACAAGGCAUCAGUAAAUGGGCUGCAAAUAAAAACACUUGACCCUCUGUUCCUCACAGUCACUCCUGCAGAGACUUGCAAUAUUUUAAAGUCUUUUUAAAGCACUGCUCCAAGGUCGAUGGCAUGGGUGCAGCCAGGAGACGGACACAGACACUCACGCACGCGCGCACACACACACCUACGCAUGUACACGUAUAAGCAUGCACACGCGUGCGCAUACGCGCACGUCCUGAUUGUCGUGGCUUUAAUCCGGUCCCGGAGUACCUGCGUUGACAUUUUUGUUUUUACGUACCAACGUGGGGUGUUCCCCCACACACCGCGCCCAUACAUCAGGUUCUUAUCGCAAUAUCUGAAGUGCCUGUUUCGUGCAGUACCGGUUUAAUGCGUUUUUAAUGUAAAAACCGAUCAUUUCUUUAAAUGAUCACGACACUGUGAUGGGCUCCGUAGCAUAAACCCAUCAGGAUGUCUUACAGCUCAUUUUCUCUAAACUCUUUAUUCUGUAGAAAAAAGACUACAUUGAUCUGAUCAGAUGUCCAAAAAUGUGCGGGGGGUGGUUUGUGUUUGUACGUGGUCUAUGAAGAUUAUUUUAAUGGAGGCUGAGGGAGUUGAGCUGGGUUCAUGGCGCUAAGAUUUUAAACUGUAUAUGUGGUGAUGCUGCUGUAUGGUGCCUUGUUAAUGAAUCAUCCGUUGUAAUUUCUCGUUGGGAGGCAAUGUUGGGUAAUAAUGACAAUACAAGGAAAAUGUUGUGCAGCCCUUUUGACUUUUUGACACAGAGAGGCUGAAAAUUGCCAAGAUGUCGUGUUUUUCUUCGUAGACUUUCUCUUAACAAAUUUGUUUUUUGAUGUGCGAUUGUAGUUGUCUGGCAUUCAUUUCUGUUAUGCAUGGAUGCAGAGCGCUGCUCCUUCUAUCUUUCUGGCCUGCACAGUAUCAUUUCCUUUGUAUUCAGUGCUGUAGAUAAUGUUGGUAACUACCUAAUAAAGUUUAUUAUAAAUUA